AUGCAGGCAACGGCACGAGCAGCAGUUAGAAUAGAUCAAAACUGCAAUGGGAAAAAAAGAAAAGAAGAACGCCGCGGGCUGAUGGAAAAAGAAAACAGGAGGAAGGACGAGAAGCCAGUCAUUUUGUGUGCGGUGCCGUCCGCUCCCAGUUGUCGGCCUUGCCCCCACACUCAUGUGAAUGGCACUACCCUCUAUAUAAAAAUGAAAACUAAAUGA